AUGCCUUUGACUACUGAUCCGCAGACACUCGAAACGGCGCAUAAACUAGUUAGCACCCUCAGGAAAGCCUUUGGUACUCCAGAUGCGUAUCGUCCAGCUCACGCCAAAGGCCACCUCAUAAAAGGCACAUUCACACCCUCUGCCGAAGCAUCUUCCCUCUCCACAGCGCCCCACUUCCAAAAGCCCUCCUCCUCCUCCUCCUCCUCCCCUCCCAUCCCCAUCCUCGCCCGUUUCUCCAACUCCACCGGCCUGCCCACCAUCCCCGACACUUCCCCCUCGGCAACUCCCCACGGCCUCGCCAUCCGCUUCCUCCUCAGCGCCGACGGCCACCACCACACCGACAUCAUCACGCACUCGACCCCAUAUUUCCCCAGCCGCACGGGAGAAGACUUUCUCGACCUGCUCGAAGCCAUUGGAAAUAACACCGUGGCCGAAUAUCUGCAAGAGCACCCCGCUGCGGCAGCUUUUGUUCACGCGCCGAAACCUGCCCCGGAGAGUUUGGCGAUGGAAAGGUUCUAUGGGGUGAAUGCUUUUAAACUGGUGAAUGAGAGUAGUGUGGUCACUUAUAUAAGAUAUCGAAUUUUUCCCCUUGAGGAGAAAAAGGAGGAGGAGGAAUCUUCUUCCACACGAUCGAAAGAAGAAGAAGAAGAAGAAGAAGACAAACUCCCUCCCCCCUCCAAAAAGAAUGAUUCAUACCUCUUCUCCGAUCUCCAAACCCGACUUUCCAAAACCCUUUCUUCGACGAUAAAGUUUCAACUAGAAGCUCAAAUCGCCGACAUGGACCACGACAUCGUAGACGAUGCAACAAUCCACUGGCCCGAGGAGAGAACCGUGGUUACCUUGGGGAUAUUGACGUUGGAGACGUACGAGGAGGAAGAGGAGAGUCUCCGGGAGCAACAACAUGUGAUUUUUGAUCCGAUUCCUCGAGUGGAAGGGAUUGAGCCGAGUGAGGAUCCGAUCUUGGAGAUGAGGGCGGCGUUGUAUUUGAUUUCGGGUCGGAUUAGACGGCAGGCGGAGGAAGAGGGAGAAAUCGGAGACGUGCCCCUGCAUUAUACCUAG